UUUCAAUUUAUGUAUUGCUUAUACGCAAUGGUGUAUGAUACACCUAAACCUCAUCUUACAACAGGUUGUGAAUUACAUUGGCCAAGAGACCUUGAGUAGUCCAAAGAUGUGGAGGGAGCCCGAGUGGGUCCUUGCCCCAUUCUAACCUGUGUUCGCAGGAAGGAGUUCUUAAGAUUUCACACUUUUUGCAAGAUGCUACGAGGCUCUUAUUUUUGCCGACCUGGGCGAUGGACUAUCCGUGAAGGCCAGACUAUAAGCUUGUCUGAGAAGCCGAAAGACUCCAUUGGAAAAGCAAUGAGAAACUACUGGGGUUUCGUGACGCCAGGAAAAUUGCGUGGAUCUGCAACCUGAUUUGGUCUUACCAAUGGACUAUAAAAAUGCACCCGAGAACAUAAAGGAGGUCAAUAUUCCAAGCUCAAAUGCCUCUCUGCCACCCUCCACAUCUGGCACUAACUCCUUAGGACAACAGACUGGGGCAACCUUGGGGAGACCUGCAGCAGCCAAUGCGGCCCGAGAGCGUAGCCGAGUGCAGACCCUGCGACAUGCCUUCUUAGAGUUACAGAGAACUCUGCCUUCUGUACCACCCGACACAAAGCUCUCCAAGUUGGAUGUACUGCUUCUAGCCACCACCUACAUUGCCCAUCUCACCCGCAGCUUGCAAGAUGAAGAAGAAUUGCCUGGCAAGGGCUUGGGAACUCUGAGAGGGGAUGGCUACCUACACCCUGUUAAGAAAUGGCCAAUGAGAUCACGCCUAUACAUUGGAGCAUCAGGACAGUUUUUGAAUCCCUCAGUGCGAACAGAAAAUGUAAAUCAAGGAGAAGCCUCAACAAAUUCUCAAAUUUAAUCCAUUUUUUCUUAAAUGCUGUUGUAUUUAUUAUUCCAGAUAUAUUUAAAUUGAGUCUUCCAAUAUCUGUGAUAUUUCUUCCAAUUGACCAGCGCCCUUAGAUGGUAGACUUGAAAUUCAGCAUGUUAGUUCAGAUUGCUUUCUUCACAGCCGGGGACAAUGUGUUCAUCUUAGUUGUGCAGUAUAAUUCAUUUGUUUCUUACAGUUAUUAUUUCUCAAAAGGCAAAAUAUAUUUUUCAUUGUGUGGAUGUUGCUACUAUUGAAAUCCAUAAGAUACCAGCUCAUGUAUCAUCUUGUUUAUGAGAACAGAUCCUUUUCUUUGUGAAGAAAUGGCUGAAUGUAAUGUAGUGGAUAAUUUACAAGCAUUCUGCGAUCUUUGUUGAUGAUUUAUGAAAUAUGGAUUGUUGUACCCGAAUUCUGAAGAAAUUAAAUAAGGUAACCAGAUAGUUGAUUUUUAAGGUAACGUUUAAAAGCUGAGCUGCUUAGAGUCACCUUGAACUGCGAGACGGGCUGAAAUAAAUUUGAUAAAGAAAUAAAAUAAAUAAUGCAUCCAAGCUUUGGGGACUUUUAACUAAGAAGAGCUCUGCAGAACUAUCUCAUGUAUUCCAGUGAUCUAUGUCAUAAUUUGCCAUAUGUAUCAGAGAAUUGUGAUAGUUUACAUGGCAAUUGUCUUCUCACACAGGUUAUCCUCAACAUUUGUCAUAUUCAAAGAUAAACAAAUGAACUCAGAAAUCUAAAUUGCAAUUGUGUUCAAUAAUUAUUGAGAUCUUAGUUCAAGCCCUCAGUAUUAAAGUAGCUGGUGUUUUGAAGAAUUUAUCCAAGAAAUAACAUUGCAAAACUGGAUGUAUGGAUUUUAGAUAUGAAAUUCUAUUGAUGUUAUAGAGUAUCUCAGCAAUAAAACGUUGUUUUGAAGAAUAAGUUACAGCUUUCACACUUUCUAAAAAAUGUCCAAAAUUCUUUUUACAAGGUGUUGUUAUAAACUGUACAUCUAUUAUUUUUUCAUAAAUAUUUGAUCAUUUUAUUUAUACUGUGUAUGUAGUCAUUUUCAAUUUACAACAAUUCAUACAUCUAAUGAAACUGAUCUUGAGAAAUGUAUGCCCUACCUUUCUAUCAGUUUGUAGGGUGCCUGAAGAUUCUUUACUCUUACUAUUACAAAUCAAGACAGCUCUCACACUAGAGAUAUUUAUUACUUACAUGCUGUUUUUAGAUAAAAUUAUUUAAUUUUCUCUGCUGAAAUGUUUGUAUGUUAACUAGCAGAAACAAAAGUUAUUCCAAAACACAAGUGUCACAUAAAAAUAAUGUACGCAGCUUUGUACAUUAAAUAUGUCUAUUAUACCUAUAGUAUAAUUUGCUAUUGGUUGUGUUUAUCUGUAUCUUGAAAUUACCAAUUAUUUUGGGAAAGAGCUUGUUUCUGCUUCAACAUAUGUAUACUUUAUAAAUGGUGGUUACCCCAGGAUAUGAAGCUUGCAUAUUUGAGUAAUUUGAUUUAAUAUAUUUGCAUGUAAGCAACAAUAAUUACAAGUACAGACAAUUUUUCUUAUUGUAUGAAUAAAUAAUUAGCAAAA